GCAGCUUUUUGCCUUUUUAUAAUUGAGUUGAAACUACUAGACGUGUCGAAUGAGUACGCAGUGACGGGGUAUGAUAAAAUAGUGGAACAUGGAUAACAUUGUCUCCCUUAUUACAGCGUUGUAGUUUAAGUUUUUCGCUUUUGAGACCAGACUUACUAGAGACUUAGGUUAUUUGCUGCUUUUCGUUUCAUCCGCGUUUAGAAGUAGACGUGGAAAAGAUGGCCGUUUCAACCAUGCAUGAGGCGAUCGCGCAGUUUUCCGCAGGUGGUGAGUAUCAUGCUUUUGGAGAGUUCGACGCAAGCUUAGUCUACUACACCGCUCAUGGUCGCGCAGACCAUCUGUUCGGUCAGCGUAGAGGAUCUGGUGGAGCGGCACAUCCGUCUUUAUCCUCAAGGAGAAAUACCGCAGUUGGAAGCAAAAGUAGCGAAGAGGGUGAGAAGUCGUCGACAGGCGGUGGCGAGGAAGGGGAGGACCAUGGUUCCGAGCCAGCGCGGAAAAAGGCAAAGCGGGACGCUGCGGGAAUAAUAUUAGAUCGUCUCGAGAGCGAACACGCGGCACUCGUAGCUGUAGGAACCGGAGGAGCCACGGCUUCAACUUCUGCAUCUUCUACAGCAACCAGUGGUGGCGAGCAAGCUUCUUCAUCUGCUCUGCGCGUGCGGAAGAUUGUGCUUGGUUGUCUAGAUUCGUGGCGACAGGACUGCGACAGAAAGGAAAUGGAGAACGCGGAGGCCGACUUCGAAUCAGAUGCUGCGGCUAGUGUGGCCAAGACUGCGGCAAAGCAGUCACGGACACAACUGCUAGAAACUACAAAGCAGCUGCUACUCUUAAACGAAAUCUUGAAGCAGAACUCUGCUGGUAAUAGUUCCUCCACUGUCUCCGACCAGCAGCAACCUCUUUCUUCCGAACUCCUGACAAAAAUCGAAGAUUUCUGCGUCAAAAUGGAAGAACAGGAGUACGAAUUCGCGAAUCAGGCGUACAUGCACAUGACAAUAGGGAACACGAAGUGGCAUCAGACUCUUGCCUCGUCUGAGGCACGUCAUAACAAGGGCGCAAAGACAAAGAUCAUUAAGAAGACCGGAGGUACGGAAUUCGCAGAAAGCGAUGAAAUUCACGAUCACGUCUGGGCGCUCAAGCGAUUGCUCACUGCAAUGCAGAAAGUGCGUCCUGCAAGAUGAAUUAUAAUUGUCAAUAAAAAGUGGAACUCAAUAAAUAGCGAGCGUUAUUUGACGACGUUGUACCGGCUAUCUCAGUCUCCCAAGCGCACGAGUAACACUGAAAGUGAACUAUCCCUCCCUGCGCUUUCCUAGCGUUGUAAAAUAGUCGCAAAGUAAUAGAAAAACUCGGGUUAUUUGUCGUAACGCCGAUUUCGUUCGUGAAUUCACGAAGAACUUUUCUUCUCUGCAGACGGUCAAUGUCCGUGAAUGCAUGUUCUGGAUGCUGAUUUUGCAAGACGUCAUAAAAUCGCAGGAGUAUGGAAGACGCAAUCUCACGUAGAACGAGAAGAAGAACACGAGAAGGAAUCCAAUCUAGAAGAAUGAAAAGCAAAAGCUAUCGGAAACUAGGAUGGCACAUCAGUUCGAAAUUUCUUGAUUAUGUUUUUUCCCAUCGCGUGCCUGUAAAGUGCCCAACCAAGCUCGACAUCGUAUUAGUUGAUUCUCUGUUGUCGCCUGGAAUCGACUUUCCUCCAGUCUGAGCACCAUCCAGAGCAAUACGCAAAGAUCAGAUGCUCAACACCAACACGCACUUGGAGAACAGAUCUGCAACGCCCACUACUUAGAAUAUAUCAAAGUCGGGCUCGGGUUUCCACUUCUUCGGGCUGUUCAGACAAGAAUUAUUGGAAAUUUGUACAAGGUAGAAAGGC